ACCAGUUCAAAGCGCGUGUUGACGUGCAUUGGGGAGGUUGUGCCUGGUAUCUGGUGCUGUGUUUGCGUGUGUAUUAUCGGCGGUGACAAGACAGUCAAGUCGAUGAUACAUUCCCCAGGAAGAUGACGGAACUUCUGAUACCAGCACCUGUCACUCCUCCAAGGGGUGACACGUUCACACGCCGACUGCUUGAAGGGUACAGACCUUCCGUUGUGCCGCGUUACAACAGAUCAGAAGAUAAUUUCUCUACAGAACUGAAACAUAGCAAAAGUGACGAUCUAGUGCUUCAGAGCCCACCUUUGAUACAGGCGGAAAUAAAACAACGAUGUGAUUCUCCGAUACCGAAGACAGCGAGUGUUGUGUAUGAAGAUGAUUUAGUGUCUACGCAUGUUCUUCCGAAAGCGAAGUAUUUCAGUGACAGUGAAGCAGAUGUGGAUUUCCGACCUAGUCCCGCAGAUAGGGCUGCCCGUAAGGCGUCUGUCGAGCUUGCAUCAGAUUUGCAACGGUGUGUCAGUCGACAUGUGGGCGUGUACGACCGUGUUGAUCCCGAAGACAGUAUUCGGGAUAUGAUAACAGAGAACGAUUUUUACAGAUUUGUGUUGUUCAAGAGACAUUACGACAAGUACUUACAUUUGUCUCAAAAGUACGAAGAAGCCAGAAACAUCGCCUACUACUUGGAGGAGAAAUAUCACGAGAUAAAGAACUCUUCGCCGUAUGGAGAUACACUAAAGGCGGAGCGAGAUGGACUCAGCGCGGCGCGAAUGGAGCUGGAGCGGAAGCUGGAGUCUCGCGAGCUGGAGCUCCACGAGAAGGAGGAGGAGCUGUUCCUGCAGCUGGAGAGGGUCGUGCGGCUGGAGGAGGACUGCGAGAAGUUGCGGACUGAAAAGGAGAAAUAUGAACAGUGGAAAGACCAGCUGGAGAGGGAGAAGAACGAGGCCUACAGACAGCUGAAGCGGCAGGCGAUGGAGUCGGAGGCGACGCGGCGCGGGCUGGAGCGCGCGCGCCAGGAGGUGGUGCGGCAGGUGACGGCCAUCGCCGCCGAGAAGGACAGCCUCGAGAGGGAGAAUGAGAAACUCAAGGAGACCCUGAAAGAAGAAAGGAAGGGCGUUGGUCACUAUUUGGUUGAUCUAUCUCAGCAGAAGAAGCGGAUUAGUCAAAAUGUUUGUGGCUUGGAGAAGGAAGUUUCAGAACUGAAAUUCAUUGCCCGGCAGAGUGCAUCACUGAACAACCAAUUCAAGAAGGGGAUGAAGCAUCUGGCCACUUGUAAAAGGAAGAAAUGUUCUGUCUGUGUGUACACCAAGGCGACAUUUGGCGAAUAUGCAGACCGAAAUGACAGGAAGCUGCUGUCGUGCUUCCAAGCGCCGCUGCAGGACCUGCGCAACUGGAUCCGGCCAGUGCCACUGUCUGCGAGCUGCUCGGAGGAUGAGGGUGCGUCGUGCCCACAGCUAUCACGUGAAGGGGCACGGGCCGUGGCUGGCAGCAGCCGUAUGCGCACACGCAGCGGUGGCUCUGGUGGUGCUGACUACCCACUGGGCCUGCCGCUGCCAUCGCCACUGCCCUCCACGCGUUCAGAGUACUCCUUCCGGCGCGCUUACUCGCCAGAUGCCGACGCCGACGAGACGGGCAGCUCACCGUCACCGACACCAUCACUUCCAGCAGAGGCAGACGCGUCUAGACGGGUAGCUGCGGGACUAUCGGAGACAGUGUCAUCGUGUGCGGCCACACCGUGCUCUGAUGUAGCGGGUGCUGCUGGUACCAGUGCCGGCUAUAUCUCUUACAUUGACGAAGCUAGCUCAGAAGACGAAGGUGACGACGACUCUGGCAGUGACUCGGGCCGUGGUUGUGAUGACUUUUUUGACGGCUUCCCACGUGGACGACACUGUUGCUUACACCGCAGCCGCCAACAACACCAUCCACGUCGGCGCUGCUCAGCCUCGGUGCCUGCUGAUGUAUCUUUGACUUCUGCAUCUUCUGCUGACCCCGGUGGUGGCAACGGUGUCAGUGUUGCAGGAGUGGGCAGCUCGGGAGGUGGGGCGAGGGCCUUCUCAUCUGACUCAGGCUUUUCGUCAGAACUAUUUGAGACGAGUGGACACAGUGCAGGAGCACUGUCUGUGGGCCACAGGUCACUCCAUGCUGUGCACGAUGGCUCCGAUCGUCCUCCCGCCCUGCAUCGUUCCAAGUGGACCUCGUCCUUUCGCAAACUCAUUAAUAAGGUCUCAAAGAGGUAAGAGCCUACUAGCCCACCACACAGAAUUUUGCACCUUCCAUUCAGAGGAAUGUGGGUGAAACAGUAAAUUGGUAUCAGAUUGUCAGCGUAUUGAAAUAAUGACAUGUGCUGGGUGUUUUGGGCAGGAUAUUUGAUGGCUCCAGUGGAAGAUCUAAGAUGCUGGUAACAUACCAGUGUACUCCAUUCUCAUGUCUGCUUUUCCAUCAGUGGUUCAUCCCCGUAAAGAAAUGGUCAGGUGCUAAGUGGAGGCAUCCAUUGAGACACAACAUAAAUUUACCAAUGUAGGCUCUUUACCAGUAGCAAAUUGGAAAAAAGGAUCACAUACUUGCCAGAAUGCCUUGAUUUUUCACACAGAUGCUGUGUUUUUCAGUGUGGUAUUCUUUCUUCAAUGGCCACUGUGUGAUAAGUAAUAACUACUGCAGUUACAGGAAAGAAAGUUCUUUUCAUCUGUAAAAGAUAGUGUAGACAUUGAAGUACCCUCCCUCGUUUCUUUUCAUGUGGACAGACCUGUAAGGACAUUGACUGUUUCGAUGUGCCUAAUAUUCUUUGCAUGUCUGAUUGCUAAAGUUACACAGUUACAUACAAGAUGAGUCGAAAAAGACUUAAGAACUUUGGGAGGAUAUAAAAAUUUAUUGUGAUAACUUACAGAAUUGGUAGAUGUAAUUUUGUAGCAAACAACCUCAAUUUUUCAUGUAAAAGUGUCAAGUGUCAUUUUGUUUUGGUGUGAUUACCAUUAGUGAUGUUGCAAAGAUCCCACUGGUAAUCAAUGUCUUCCACACUUGUUGCAGAAGAUCCAGUAUAACUUACACAACUGUAGCGUAAAUUUGAUUUUUCAGACAGGCAAAAUUGUUUGGUGGUGCGGGAACAUAUACACAGUCUUUAAUGAAACCCCAGAGAAAGAAAUCCAGUGGUUUCAAGUGUGGGGAGUUAGUUGGCCAUGCGACUGGCCCUUCGAGGCCAGUGCACUGACCCGGGAAGCGAUUAUCAAGGAAACCUUGAACUUUCAUGGGGAAAUGAAGUGAUGAACUGUCUUGCUGGGGUAGACCGUCCCAUGUCAAUCAUCUUCAUUGAUCUGUGGAACUGCUGUUGCAGAGUUUGUUUCAUGAAACCAAAAUACACUGCGAGCACGCUCCAAACCAGUGAAAGUAGCCAUUUUAACUGUAACUUCAGGUUGUUUGCUACAAACUGACUCGUCUACCGAUUCUAUAAGUGAUCUCAAUAAAUUUCUAUAUCAUUCCAAAGUUGUUAAGUCCUUUUUGACUCAACCCUGUAUUGACUGUCACAGUGCAUAAUUGGUUCAGUGGUAGUUAUUUUGUCUGCAGAAUCAGUUUUUCGAAUGAAUCAGAUAUGUACUUUUGAGAGUGUGAACACUGACUCAUUAUUAAUAAUUUCUUAGUAUGACUGGGAAAGAGUUUGAUUUGCAGUAGCAGAGUAUUUAAUGUUGAUUGGAGAGUUUGUUGUUCUCCGAUACAUGAAUUUGUGCCAAGCCCCCUAAUUAGAAGGAAAAGAGAUUCCUUAGAUAGGCCUAUCUGCGAAUCCAGGUUGGAAUAGGAUUGUACUGUUGUGGUUUUGGGGUUUGUUAUUUGAGUAUUAUGCAUAAUCAUUUUCUCAGUGUGUUACACAGCACUUCCCACUGUGUUCAGGUAUUUAAACUGGGAAAUUUUUGCUGGAAUCGGAUGAGGUUCAUUUAUGGGAUAAGAGUGAUGAGAAAGUGUGACAUUUUGUCAGUCCUUAUAAGCUAGUGUUCCACAGAACUGGUUAAGUGAAGUUUUACUCCUUUGUGUGUACAGCAAACAAUUGGCAUUGUCUGCUUCUAGUCUGGUGGAUUUUAUAAAAAUAUUUUGUCCCAAAGUGUAUUACUGAAAUAUGAGGUUUACAGUUUACUGGCACUGUCAUCUUCAGGCGCAAUGUCCUUGCAGGUCUGAUUGCAAAUAAGUGAAUAAGUAUCAUGAUCUUUUAUGAGAGCAAAGACUGUGUUAAUUCCAUGAAAAAAUUUUCAUGUUACACAGAAAAGACUACCUGAGUUUGUUCACUCUAAUUUUUAAGACACUCUCUCCACCAGCAAUUUAAAGUUUGCUCAGUAGCAGAAUGCAUUUUUAAGUUUGACAUACCUAAUAUUGUGCAGUAUCUCUGUUUAUUAAAUAAAUAAUUUUCCUUUUAUAUGAUUCAAAUGUCAGGAUCUCUUUCAUUCCUAUUUUGAUGUUGUCCCUGUUUUGGAAACAAGAUAAUUUUACUCUGUUAUUUGAAAUUUUCCUCUGUUUUUUAAAAGUGUGAUCUGAUAUGUUGUUUUAUUUAAUAAUCAUAUCUGUUCAUUGCUAUAAGUGAAAGAGAAACAUUUUUCCAUGAAGCAAAUACGGACACUAAAGGCAGUUCCUUUUGUGAAAUAAGUGUAUUAUUACAGCUGGAAUAAAGGCUGUUUAAAUGUUUCUAGGUAUUUGUGUAGGCUCUGCGUUUUCUUUGCAGUAGUUUUUGUUAUCAACAGUAUUAAUCAUUGUUAUGAUUAGUGAUAAAAUGAAUAGUACUUAAUUGAUACUGUAGAAUUGACUAUAAUUGUACUUAAUUAGUUUCAGCCUUAAAGUUUCCAGACUUCUAGGAUAUAAUUCUGACCAUUAACAAAAUAUGACAGAUUUGAGCAUAAUUUCACCUUGUAUUACUCCAAUUAACACAUCAUAGUAUUACAUUCAGUUUUUUUGUCUUGUGAAAGAGGAGAAAUUUUGUUAACUUGUGCUGUGUUUCCAAGCGUUCACUAAAAGUUUUGUAAUAUUGAUUGUCUUGGGAUACAUUGAUUAAUAGUUGACCUUACCAACCCACAACUGUACAAAAAAAUUGUAAAGGCCAUUCUGACUAAAUGCAAAGAUUGUGCCUAAAUCAAUAGCAUCAUGAAAAAUUAAAACUGAAUUUGGAAAUUUAGAAAUAAUUGACCAUAGGAAUUGGAGCAGAUGUUUUUCACUCAGCGCUUCUCAUACCUUAUGCCAUUUGUUAUAGUCCCAAAUGCCUUCAUCUUUUAAAUUUUGCAGUUUCGAAUUGGACUACAUGGUUGAUUUUUUCCACUUGAAGGAGAAUUUAAUGUGUAAUAUGUUGUUUGGAUAAUGCAUAAAUAUUUGCAGGAGGCUCGGUAGGACUGUUGUUCAUUACUGUUUCAAAAUUUUUAGAAUUACUGAUCAAUUUCUUGCUGAAUAAAAGAGAGUGCUGAGUCUACUUUUAAUAACAGUUGUGGCCUGUUAUUAGGAUUAAUAUUUAAAACUUAGUAAGAUAUAGUUUCAUAGUUUUUGCAACAAUGUUCUUAGGUUCAUUGUUGGUUAUAAAUAUUUUAUUGUAAAUGAAAACAGAGUAAGAUUUCAAAAUAUUAAACAACAGUUACUAUAAAGAAACAUACAAAACUUAUACACUACUAUUUAUUACUGGAACUGUAUUUAUUAUUAUUAUUUUUAGAAUGUUUAAAUUUGUCAGAAGGUAUGUUGUUUUAGUAUAAACUGGUUAUUUGUUGGACUCCUGAGCAUAUCAUUUGGUGGAUGGUUUCACUUUUCCUCAGGUAUGCAGACUGAUUAUUGAUAUGAUAACAGAAAACAAUAAGUGGUCUCCACAAUCAAAGUUUGCACAUUUAGUGCAGAAAAACCUGAAGGAAGAUUAUUUACUUCUUGCCAUUCCAUAACAGUGAACAGUUUAUUUCACAGUAUUAUAAGAAACAGCCUAAGAAUGAUAAAAUUCUAUUAAUGGUAUUACAGUUUUAAAUAUGGGGAAUUGUUAUCUACUUUUUUAUACUUUGAUUUCUGUUGCAGGAGGCAUCAAAUAUUAAUAGUAUUAGUAUUAGGAAUGUUCAUACAAUGAAUGUUACUCAGUAAAGUGUCCUUAGUGAAUUGUUGUGGUUGAAACUGUGUAUUUUUUGUAUGUAAUUAUAGUGUGGAGGGAAAACAUAGAUACGUAAUACUUAAUGGGUUAUAGAUUUUUUGUAACUUAUCAGAUAAUGUGUAAAAAGAAUUAGGAGAAUGAAUACGUGUGUACAAGACUGCUAUGUAGCAGUUAAACACAUGUGGAUUUUUGUUUUCCAUGAUAAAACAUUGUGCUCAUUCUGGUUACUGGAAUGAAAGUUUUUUUAAGUGACAUGUAUAUAUACCAUUUCUGUAUCUGAUUUGUGAACAAGUAAAGAAAGAUGCUGGAUAUUAUUUAAGACAGGCUCAUUUCCUAAUGAUCAACUUUGUCAUUAUGGAUAAUGAUCAUAGUACUGUGAGGGCACUUUAUUAAGUUUAUGAUUUGUUUUCUUAUUCAUUGCAUCACUGUGCACGUGGAAUAAAGACAUUGCACAACUCUCUCCCAACAAAAUAAAUAGUAGCAAUUUUUUAAAGGCAAGUCAGCACAAUAUCGAAUGAUUCCAAGGUCAUAAUCUUCUGGUAGCAUAUGCAUCAAAAUACACAAAACACCUGUCUGGGUAAGUGUGUAUUCCGCAUUGAAAUAUGUGGAUCUAUUGAAUAGAAGACUGUGAUGCAAAGUGAACGCAACAGAACACAGAACACCAGCUUAUGUCUCACCUUACACACCUUCAGAAAUCAAAAGAAAAGACCGAUUAAAAGUAACACAUACACACAUAAUUACUGAAAAUACAAAUUCAGUACACUUCAAGCACUUGUUAAUAUGCUUUACUGCUAGCAAGUGACUAAAUCUUGUUGUAACAGAAAUUUAUGAUACUCACAACCUAAUAUACAACUCGUUUAAAAUGUUCAGUGAAAUGUGACAAAAUCCAUUGUAUUGAUAACUCUGUGAAGCAAAAGAAAUUUAAAAUAUAAUUUUAUUGCAUUUGUCUAUUUAAUGCAAGGAUAGGAUUUAUAAGUGGACAUUAACAGCAACAUAUAUCAUUAAGCAUAAAGUUGGCAAACAGUUACAAACACUUUAGGUAACCGGAAGCACACAUGGCAACUGAAAUUUUUCAUAAGCACAAAAUGUAUAUCUGUAUUCAGAAUGACACUCGGUUUGUCUUUUUAACAGUGCGAGUGUAUUGUGUACUUUUGUUUAUGGUGAGAAAGCCAAUUGAAUUGUUGACAAAAAAUUGUAUGUCACAAGAAUGAUAUUUAAGUGUAUCAAAGUUGUGUGCUGAAUCCUUAAAAAGUGAGUAAAAUGUAACUGUCCUUUCUUUAUUCCACGUAACAGCGAUUACAUAUCAUCUCUGAUGUCUCAACAGGUUGAGACUUUAAGAGUAUCUUGUAACAACAUAUUUCUUUCUAUAACCGACUUUUCUUUGUUCCAGUAUUCUAAUGAACACAGCACUGAAGACUAUAACAUCUUAAAAAUCAUUUGAUACAUGUCAUAUAAACAUCCGACAUUUAUCAUUUAAAUUUUCAUACCAUUGAAUACGUUGCCUGUCUGUCACAUGUGAAAGUAAACUGUGGAUGCAUGUAAUUGUUCAGAGGACCUUACUUUCUUAUCAACGCCUUUUGGUUGUCACUGGGAGUCAAUUAACUUGUUUUGGACUUCUAAGCUCUAUGUCUACAGUACCCAUUAUGCAGAGCCUGCUUUAAUUCUGGAUAUGUUUUGGACAAAACAGCUUUGUGUUAAAAAGUAUCAGCCAGGUAACUGAGAAAAUCUCAAACUUGUGUAACAAAACUAAAUGAAUUAAACACUAGUUUCUUACAACAAGGUUAAUUUCGCAGAGGUAUCAUGCUGUAUUACUACUCACUCUCAUCACAAAUAAAUUACAUGACGCUCUUUAUGCUCUUAUAUGUUGCUCUGUAUGCAGACGUGCUUCCAAAUUCUUGCACCAAAGCAUUGUAUAAUAUUGUUUGUUUGUAAGAUGUGUUUAUGCUUUUCUAAUUUUUCAAUAUUAUUUUAACUUUGUCGUGUCAUUCCCUUUCUACACAAAAGUCAAAAUUAGUCGCUUAAUUUCAGCCAUAAUUUUUUUUUAAUCUCUGCAACUAUAAUAAAGUCCGUAAUGGGUAAAAGUGAGUAAGCAAACUUAAUUUAUGAGUUAUUUGCCUUACAAUGCACAGAUAAAAAUGAUGUAUGAAGAGUUUACUAGACUGUUGGCAGUUUUAACAUGAGGCAUCUGUGAGAUCUACAUUUGGUGGUAAAAAUUAACAUUGCAUUCUCAGAAGGCAAAUGAUGUAUCUCUUUAUUUUAUUGUUUUAUUUUCAAGUACAAGAUUAUUUUUGUCUGUCUGAGUUAUAUCAUUUUUUUAUUGUAUUGACAAAUGAAAAUACAUGGAAAAUAAGCAUUUA